AUGGCCAUGAAGGAUGUCUCUCCGCUUCAGCAUGAGGACGACAUGGCAACGAUCGUCAAUGACAUCCAACAUAUGCAUGUAUCCCCUGAAGGCGAUGUGGACCCUGACCUCUCGUCGGACGAUUAUGAGUCAUCGUCGGAUGACGAAGCUCUGGAAGAGGUAGCGCCCUAUGCUUGCGCCUACUGUGGCCUAGCGGACGUCAACUGUGUGGUGAAAUGCCUGACAUGCUCCAAAUGGUUCUGUAAUGGCCGUGGAAAGACGACCUCUUCUCAUAUUGUCACGCACCUGGUACGGGCGCGGCAUAAAGCUGUGAUGCUGCAUCCUGAGUCACCACUGGGGGAUACUGUGCCCGAGUGCUAUACAUGUGGCUCCAAGAACCCAUUCCUUCUGGGCUUUAUCCCUGCGAAGGGCGAUGCUGUGGUGAUGCUUUUAUGCCGAAAUCCAUGCAAUUAUGCAGCGAAUACCAAGGAUGUGGACUGGGAUGCGUCCCAAUGGUCGCCCCUCAUUGAGAACCGUUCUUUUCUCUCGUGGUUCGUGAGUAUACCCUCUGCAAAACAGCAGAAGCAGGUUCGGCCUAUCACCGCCCAGCAGAUCAGCAAACUUGAAGAACUUUGGCGUGAGAAUGAAAAGGCGACAUUGAAAGACGUGGACAACCCCGACACGGAAGAAGAGCUACCCAAGACCCUGUUGCAGUAUGAUUCGCCGAUGCAGUACAACUCGAUUCUGCGAUCUCUGCUUGCUGUGGAAGAAGCGUACGACCGCAAGCUCAAAGAAAGCCUUGUACAGCACGACAUUAGUGUUCGUUGGGAGCCGGAGCGUGGCGGGAACUAUCUAGUAUGGCUCCGCAUGCCGCAACUGGAGAGCGGCGAGAUCCGUAUUGCCAUUGGUGAUGAGCUUUUGCUGAAGGGUGCUGGUACGAUGGGCCAGCCAUGGCAAGCGCGUGUCAUUGUCGUGCGGUUUGCGCCCACCAACUCCAUGGAGGUGGCAUGUGAGGUGCCUGGCCAACUGCGCCCGCCUACGGACAGUGUAUCGAAUUUCACGGUGGAGUUUGUAUGGAUUGGCGUGACGUACAAGCGCAUGAAAACCGGUCUCAACAAAAUGACCAAAGACGCCUCUUGCAUGUCGCCCUAUAUCCAAAAGAAGCUGCUCGGCUUACCUGCUGGUCCUGAGACGCUGAAAAGCGAGCCGCCUCGGACGAUUGUGGUACCUGGCCUUCCGUCUUUGAACCACAGUCAGGUAGCGGCGAUCAAAGCUGUGCUUACGCGCCCUCUUAGCCUCAUUCAAGGCCCCCCCGGCACGGGUAAAACUGUGACGAGUGCCACGAUUGUAUAUCAUCUGACGCAAAUGAAUCGCGGCAAAGUGCUUGUGUGUGCGCCCUCCAAUGUGGCUGUAGACCAGCUGACGGAAAAGAUUCACAAGACCGGCCUCAAGGUGGUUCGUUUGGUCUCUCGCAUGCGCGAAACGAUCAGUUCCAAUGUACGAUUCCUGGCUCUUCAUGAGCAAGUAUCGAUCCUGUUGCAGGACUCGGAGAUCUACCAAAAGCUGGACACCAAGAAACGCGCAGGCGAGGCCACCCUGAAGGACGAGGUGCAGAUGAAAAAGAUCAUUUCGCGCAUCGAGCGUGAUCUGCUGGACGCUGCUGAUGUCAUUUGUACGACGUGCUCCAGCUCGGCUGACAACCGACUUCGCCAUUACGAGUUCCAGUCCGUGCUGAUCGACGAAGCGACGCAGGCCGUAGAGCCGGAGUGUCUGUUGCCGGUGGUGCAUGGCUGCCGUCAGCUUGUGCUGGUGGGCGACCACCAACAGCUGGGCCCUGUCGUCAUGCAUCGCAAGGUGGCAAGUGCCGGUAUGAACUUGAGUCUGUUUGAGCGGUUGGUGUUACUCGGCAACCAACCUCGCCGUCUGGAAGUGCAGUACCGUAUGCACCCCUGCUUGUCGGAAUUCCCUAGCAACAUGUUCUACGAAGGCAUGCUGCAAAAUGGUGUCACGGCGCAGGAGCGACUGCGCAAGAGUGUGCCCAUUCCGUGGCCUGUGCCUACCUUGCCGAUGAUGUUUUACCAGAACCUGGGCCAAGAGGAAAUCUCGGCGAGCGGUACGUCGUACUUGAAUCGUACGGAGGCGUCGACGGUGGAAAAAAUUGUUACAUUGCUGUUCAAGGCGGGCGUGCAGGCCGAGCAAGUGGGCGUGAUUACGCCGUAUGAAGGCCAGCGCAACUUUAUUAUCAAUUACAUGCAGAUGCAUGGCAGUAUGAACAAGGACAUGUACCGGAACAUGGAAGUGGCCAGUGUCGAUGCGUUCCAGGGCCGGGAGAAGGACUAUAUCAUUGUGAGCUGUGUGCGGAGCAACGACCGGCUGGGCAUUGGGUUCUUGAGCGAUCCACGCCGUUUGAAUGUCGCGCUUACACGUGCGCGCUAUGGCCUAAUUGUCGUCGGCAAUCCACGUGUGCUUUGCAAGAAUGCGUUGUGGUACCAUUUGCUCGUCCACUUCAAAGAGCGGCAGCUGCUUGUCGAAGGUCCGCUGUCCAACCUGCAGCCUUCGAUGAUCCAGUUCGGCCCGCCACCGAAAGAGAGACGCCGCGAGACGCCCAUGCAGCGUGCGUCGGAGGACACGCCGGGCAUCAAUGAUUCGCUCGCGAUGGACCCUGUGCGAGCUCCCUUCCGAGGGCCGGCCAAGGUGCCUGGGUCGAUCCGCGGGGAUUUGUGGGGCGAGUUGGGUCUCGAUGCACGAUCCUUGUCGUACAACCAAAGCGACCGAUUCAGGAAAGCCCCACGAGGUGGGGAUAGAGACGACGAUCUGGAUAGCCUGGACGGCUACGAAAGCCAGCCGUCUCUCGCCGAUCCCUUGGACUUCCCCACGACCGAUGCCUCCACGCAAGGCGGUCGCCCGUCGUUUACGCCGUUUACAUAG